AUGUAUCAUUACACCAGUCCACCACCGGGGUGGUCUUCUUACGACUACACUCAGUCGCCACCAACAUCGCCUCACUACGCUUACUACGCCUCGCAAUACGCAAACGCAUACACUUCGCCACGAGGAACCUCCCGGCGCCAUACGCGCAAGGCCAGCUACACAACGACCAAGGAACCAGGAUGGUACUCGGCUCACCCGCAAACUUAUGAGGCGAUGCCAGAUUAUGGCAUUCCACCACGCAAGCACGAUCAUGUAAGUGCUUCCUUUGCGGGUCCGCCCAAACACCAUCGCAAGUCAACAACUGGUCAUCCUCCGGGGGAUGGCUUCGGCAACGGACCCAACUCAGAAUGGCAGACGCGACCCAUCUUUGUGGAUGUGGUCGAUGAUGCAUACUAUGUGAAUCCUCCGCCCUACGGCUUUCGCGAGCCCCGCCCUUACGGCAAUGGCUAUCCCCCGGCUUCAAAUAUAAAACAAGAUGGACCAGAUCCGCGUCGUACGGCUUCGACCAGCAAACCUAAAACCCAGCCCAAAAAUCCAGCCACUGAUUCUCAUUUUUACUUCAACCAGGUUCCCAACCAAGAUGAUAUAGAUGCAGCCCGUCGCCAGACCCGUGCCCGUCGCCAAUCAACUUCCACCCGCACACCGUCCAAGCCCAAGCCAGCUCCUGCAUCAAAGCCUCCACCUACAGCUACUGAGGAAGAUGCCGAGCGCGCCGGAAUCCCACCAGGCUACUCGAUCAAGAACUGGGAUCCAACCGAAGCACCAAUCAUUCUUCUGGGCAGUGUGUUUGACGCGAACUCCCUCGGCAAGUGGAUAUACGACUGGACUGUUUUCCACCAUGGCGCCUCAACGCCCAUGGCCGACGUGGCAGGCGACCUCUGGCUUCUGCUCAUCAAACUUGCGGGGAAAGUCAAGCGGGCCGACGAAUGUCUUCCGCGCAUCCACAACAUCGAUGCCCAAGAAGUAGUCGAAGAUUUCUUGGAAAGCGGAGAUCGCCUUUGGUCACGAUUCAAGAAGCUUCUCAAGGGAUGUGAACUCUACAUGUGGAAGGCUGCUAAGCGAGAAGGCGGCAAAGGCCCAGUCUCGAUGGGCCGUAACGCUGGCUGUGAAUUUGUCGAUUCCAUCUUUGGUCGCGAUCGGGAACUCGAAAACACCGAGAGACUGAUGAAUAGUGUUCGUCUGUGGAACAUGCGAUUUGAUGCCAACUGCGAAGAAAUCCUGCGCCGACCGUCGGCCAAAUAG